AUGGCGCUCGUACGACGUCGUGGACUCGAUCUGGUGACGCUCGUGGGUAGAUGCGCGUCCGGUGCGUCGAUCGGGAGCGUUGGAGGCGCGAACGGGGGGCGAUUCCGGACGACGUUGACCUCGGCGGGCGUCGCGGGCGUCGCGGGACGGGCGGAUGGGCGGGACGACGCGAGACGCGAGACGCGAUCGAGCGGUGUGACGCCGUACUCGAGCGUUCGGACGUUCGCGAAAAAUACCGCCGGUGAUACCGCCAAGGCGGGGGAGGGUAAGGAUAAGAAUGUGUUGGAUAACUUGCUUCGGACGCACGACGUGAUCCUGCUGCACGAGGAGCUGGAAGCGUCGGCGCGCCAGCGGGACACGAUGGGCUUGGACGAGCUUCGCGAGCUCGUGCGCAACAGCGCCUCCCCGCCGAGAUCACCGGCGGAGACUGCGGAGAAGUUGCAAUUGCUCCAGGACAGCGGGAUGAUUUUGGUGCUCGAGGAUUUGGUUUAUCUGCGCCCGCGAGAGGUCACGAGCGCGGUGCUUCGCGCGCUCCCGGGCGUUCCGUCCAAGGUGUACGGUAUGAAGCAGAACGAAUUGGAGGAAAUGCAGCAAGAGUUCGAGGCGCUCAGGAAUAACUACGACCAAGCGCGACGCCGCGCCGAGUCGCGUUCGCGAAUGAUAAUCUCCAGCGGUCUCGUGUUGCUCUGUUGCCAGCUCGCGAUGUUUAUUCGCCUCACGUACUAUGAGUUCUCCUGGGACGUCAUGGAGCCCAUCUCGUACUUCGUCGGCCUUUCGAACGCCAUUAUGGCGUAUUCGUACUACCUAUGGAACCGUCGCGACUUUACGUUCGAGAGCUGGCAGCGUCAACUCGAGGGUAAGUACUCGGAGGACAUUUUGCGCAGCCGCGGUUUCAACCUCGAGCGAUACAUCAUCCUCGCGAGACGUCUACGCAAACACUAA